AUGAAAGCCACACUUAUACUAUUAAUUGCAAGCUUGUCCUCCAUGGCUGUCUCCAAAAACGUGUACAACAUUCAUGAACACAAUGAAGAGGGGCAAGCAGCAAACGAUAAAAGGGAUGCCAAAAAUGUUCCAAAUUUAGAAUACUUGAAACAUCUGCUGGAAAAUGAGAAAAGAGAAGCAGAGCCAAAGAACGUGAUCAAUUUACAGGCUUUGCAAAACGGUGUCAAUGACGAAGCAAAUGAGAAACGUGACGCCAAAAACACUCCGAAUUUAGUUGAUUUGGGUAACAAGUUUUUACACGAAGAGUCUGAUGACGCCGUAGCCAAAAGAAAGAACACAUUCAGGAUCUCUGACUUCAUUCAUGAGGACAGUCAUGAUAAAAGAGAGGCAAAGAACGUAUUCGAUAUAGCCAAGUAUGCAGAUUUAUCCAACAAGAAGCGUGACGGGCAGGAAAUUUUAAACAUUCCUCACGAAGCAGAAGAUACGUCCAGCUUGGUGUUCACAUUUGACUCCGCUGACUGCUACAACAACUUGUUGCAAUCGAUUUUGCCACAAUUGAAGUCGGUUUCCAUUUUUGCUGGCUACAUUCGUGAUAAUGUGGAUCUCAACUCGAGAACCGAGUCAUUAGAUUCAAACAUGUUGAUUGUUUGUCCGACUGAUGAUGCAAUCGAAAACAAACUUUCCAACUUGAAACCGUGGGAGUUCCCUACACUGUUGGAAGAUGGUUCAACCGAGCAGGAACAAGACAAGAUUUUACAAAGCAAUUUACAAAAUUAUUUGGAUGGGCACGUGGUCACUGAUUUCCAAGAUAAAAUACACAUUGAAGAUGGUGAUGAAAAGAUUGUUAUUUCUAAGUUGAAUAAUGGUGAAUUGUUGGAGAUCAAGCAAGAUGCACCUAGCCAAUCCUUCUCAGUUAGGGUACCAAAGCAAAAGAAUUGGAUCUCGGUCACAACCGUUAGACAAGUGGAGAAUGGAUUUGUUUUUGUAAUUGAUGAUUCGUUGGUCAAGCCUUGA